AUGUCGGAUUCCCCCCAAUCCCCUCCCAAGGAGGUCGAACAAGGUGUACAGUCACCAGACGAGGAAGCACAAAUGAAUGAUCCUCAAGACCCACAGGCAAGCGGCCUCGCCUAUGAGUUCGAAGUGAAGGAGCAGGACCGGUGGCUGCCGAUAGCGAAUGGUGCGUCUUACUCCCCCUUCUGCUUCGUCGUGAUUCGUGAGGGCGUGCGCUGCUUUGUCCAUCUCUGCACCGCGCAUAUCCAUUCGUCCAUGUCCCACGACUCGUCUCCAAAGUCGCCAGAAGCGCCUCGCGCUUCAUCCAAGGCCGACAAAUACGAUCUCUACGAUGCUAACAUACGCAACUUUGCGCCAGUGGCCCGUAUCAUGAAGAAUGCUCUCCCAGAGAACGCCAAGAUCGCCAAAGAGGCCAAGGAGUGCAUGCAGGAAUGUGUUAGCGAAUUUAUCAGCUUCAUCACCAGUGAGGCCUCUGAGAAGUGCCACCAGGAAAAGCGCAAGACGGUAAAUGGCGAGGACAUCCUCUUUGCCAUGACCUCUCUGGGAUUCGAGAAUUACUCGGAGGCACUGAAAAUCUACUUGUCCAAGUACCGCGAGCAGUCUCAGUCGAACAGGAGCGAAAACCAGCAAGGCCGACCAGGUAGUCAAGGCGGCUACGGUGCCCAGGGCGGCGCGGCAGGUCCGUCAAACUCGGGGUCUUCGACUUUCCCAACCGGUGACCUGCCUGGCCAGGGCACUGACGGGGCAGAACCCAACUACAUGUAUCAACCAGGACACAAUGGAACUGGAGCAGGCGAGGGCUAUUAG